AUGAAGGUCAUUUGGGGAGAUUGGGACGAGGCGUAUGUUCGCUUGCCUACACUGAUGCGUGCCAUCAAAGCAAAGAACCCUACCAUGCAUUUCCGUGUUGAGGCUCAUCCCGAGAAGUCCAGGAUGGUGGAUGGAGUACAGAGGAUGGAGCACUUUCCGGGGUUGGAGGAUUUCUACGAGGAGAAGCACCGGGCCCCACAGAUUGCCAGCGGAGAGCGCUUGAAGACCCUUCGAGUCAGAGGUCACACGGCGCACAUACUGUUCGACGACCGGUACGUCCCGUACCUACGGCGGGCGAAGCUCUUGGCGUUCGUGACCAUGGCGCAGCGACCGGUGCCUCUGUACAACGCCGCUGCUCUGACGGCCCUAGUGGACCGGUGGCGUCCAGAGACACACACCUUCCACCUACCGUGCGGGGAGCUGACGGUCACUCUGGAGGACGUCGCCAUGAUCCUGGGUCUUCCUAUCCGGGGUCAGGCGGUCACAGGUGACACAGCCGUCGGGAACUGGAGGGAGAGGGUCGAGGAGUACCUUGGUCUGGAGCCUCCAGUGGCACCUGAUGGUCAGAGGCAGACGAAGACAUCAGGGGUUCCUUUGAGUUGGUUGCGAGCCAACUUCGGUCAGUGUCCCGCUGAGGCAGACGAGGCUACAGUACAGCGAUACUGCAGGGCGUACGUGCUGUACAUCUUCGGCAGUAUUCUGUUCCCUGACUCUGGUGGAGACAUGGCUUCUUGGAUGUGGCUGCCGUUGCUCGCGGACUGGGACGAGGCGGGUACCUUCAGCUGGGGGUCGGCUGCCCUAGCCUGGUUGUACCGGCAACUCUGUGAUGCUUGCCGAAGGCAAGGCGGGGACGCGAACCUAGCAGGCUGUGUUUGGUUGCUACAGGUUUGGAUGUGGAUGAGGCUUCCAGUUGGUCGGCCCAUGUGGAGGACCCAUCAGGCUUGGCCGCACCAGGAUGCAGACCGAUGUCCCACUGUAGCUCACCUGUGGGAAUCGGUCCCAUCUCCAGUAGUAGGCCGCAGGAAUUUGGCGUACUACCACUACACAAACGAGAUGGACUACCUACAGCCAGAACAUGUGGUGUGGAUGCCAUAUCAGGCACAGGAAGUGCUCGAGCUAGAACUGAAUCCCAUGUGCCAUAUAGAGGAUGCGUUGAAGACCCUACGGUGCCCACUGAUCUGCUUCUAUGCAGUGGAGUUCCAGAUGUGCCACCGCGUGAUGCGGCAAUUCGGGAGGCUUCAAACAAUCCCGCACCGUUUCUCCACGAGUAUCGACCUACACAAGUUAGGUGGACCGUCGGAAGAACAAGAAGGUGACUGA